GACAACAGGAAGCUCAAUGGCUGCCGUUUUCUUGUAAUUUUGUGACGUUAUAAAAAGUUUUCAUACCAGAUAGCAUCAGAAACUCUUAAAAGAUGGCAGCCGCCCAUACUUUACCCCCAAUUCAGGGCGCCAAGGGAGGGGGUAAUACUGGAUUGAUUGGGUCGAUGAGGCACAGUCAGCAGCCAGUCCAUUUUGCCCCAGCACCACCCAAAGGCCCUCCAAGUGGAAGAUUAAAACCAAUUCAGAAAAAGAAAAAAGUACUGGAGAAAGACCACCAAGCAUUUUCACACCCUGUGCUAACUAAAAGACAGACAACAGCGUAUCGAAAUACAUACAAACACAACCUUUGUGUUGAAAUGUUACAAAAUGGCUUCCAUAUGUCUUUCUGUGAACUGUUCGCAUUAAUAAAAAGUCAAGAGGACACUCGGAGUGAUGCUGGUCCAGAAUCGCUGCAGUGGAGUAUGACAUUACUGAAAGAUGAGCAUGAUAAACUGGAUAUGCUAAAACUCCAUCUAACCAGAGCUGAAGAAGCUGACAGAAAAGGAGACUUCCAAGAAGUAUAUCGAGCUAGAUAUGAGUUGGCCCGGUAUUUCCAAAACUGCGGAGACAAGUGGUUGUCGGACCACUUUUACCAGACUUGUUUACAGACAAGUACAAAGGUCGACAAUGACAAUGGAAAAAUGCAGGCAGAGGGCUUCUGUAAUGUGGCUAUUAGUCUCAAAGAAAAUGCUGAAUAUUACCUAGCUGCAGAGGAUUUUGAAUCCUACUACAAGUUAGCCAUUGAGAACAAAGACUGGACAACAGCAGACGGUAUCUCAUACCACACUGACUCCUGUAUCCACCUGGCAGACAUUUAUACAACUAUUGGGGAACGACUAGAGUCUGAGAACCAGGAACUUAUGCUUGAAUACCUCACUAAGGCAUACAAUAUGGCAAAAGAAAGUCAGCACCAGAAGUUGGAAGGGGAGGCAGCAUACAGACUGGGCCUGGCUGCAGACAGUGCCAGCAAUAGUGAAACAGCGCUACAGCACUUGAACACAUACUUGACAAUCUGUCAAUCCGCAGAUGACAAGGAAGGAAUAGGCCAGGCCUGUGAUGCAAUAGCAAAGUCAUUUGCAAGAGAAGGAAAGGUGAAGGAGAGUAUAGAGUAUUUGAAGCAGUUUGUUGAGGUAGCGGAGAAGAGCGGACAGGAGCAUGCAUACAGUCGUGCCUGCCAUAACCUCGGCAAUAUCUACAACACACUGGGAAAAUAUGACGAGGCCACAAAAUAUUUUGACAAGGCAUACAACUUGUCACGUUCAAUGGGAGAGACCGCCUCUAUAAACGUAAAUCGGGUCCAGUUUGGCGUUGCCAUGGCUCACAAGAUGCUGCAGAGUGUUGGCAGCCAUAUUGUGGUAAACCACAUCCCGGCCUUAGAGAGACUCAUCGAGUGGAAGAGCUCUCGGGUGGAUGAUUUCGACAAACCUUUCCCAGAGCCAAGAGUGGAGAGCCCGAAACAAGAACGAGCAUUGUCUCCAAUGCAGAAGGAAAACACGAGCACGAGCGUCACAUCAGACCAGGGGCUACAGGAGGGAGAGACAACCACUGAGGGUCAAGAAGAGACAAAAUCGUCAACAGCUGGGUCAACCACAACUGCACAGGACUGAAUGUCUAGGGGGACUAGUUUUGGGAGAUUGAUGUACGAUUGUUUAGCAGCCUAUUUUGAGAGGAGUAGUGUUGGUGUUGGAGACUGCUUUCAUUGGUUGUUGUAUAUUUGUUAAGCUCUGACAUAAAUUAUUUUCUAAAAAAGUGCAAAAUGUGUUUGCAUCAAAUUGUUAUUUAUUUUUAAUUAUAGAUAAACGAUAAGUGUUUGAUGUUUCGCCAUUGCCCAUGUCAAUUUAUAUGUUAAUUUAUAAAUUUCCUAACAUUAAGUUACAUAAUAUAUUAUUAUCAUUGAUGGUUUUUAUCAUUUUGAAUAAAAAGUGUUUUAAUGGUCUAAAAUCCAAGAAAAUACCCUCUUACAAGUUUAGGUGGAUGCUCAUUGAUACAAUUCAUAAAUUGGCUUAUUUAAGUUGAAAUAGUACAAAAGAUAUGUGAAUGGGAAAAGGGCCUUAAUAUUCCAGUUUUAACCAUUUGUUAUACAAAAUAUGAAUUAGGUUUAGGACAUAAAUUAUUCAGAGUUGUAUAAUAUACUCAACAUGGCUGUUAAGGAGGAUAUAUUUUUUUAAUUGAUACAGUCAUAUCCCCUGAUAUGAUUAUAUUCAAAAUGCAUUUCAUUUUACAUUUAUUCCAUUUUCAUUCAAACUUACCAUAGAACCAUUCCAUAAAAUCUAUAUCACACACUACAGUCAUGUAUAAAGCUUCCUUUUCUAAGAAGGGAUUACUUAUACUUGUUGUAAACAGCAAUUGCGAGUGACUGUCAAUAAAACAUGUACCGUUAUUUUAAUAUUUCUAUUAAACUUUUCUAUUUGUCCUGAAGCUGCAAUUUGAUGUUUGAUUUUUUUCAAAUGGAUACUUACUUCUUCUUGAAAAUGAGCAUGUUCUCUGAAUUAAUGAUAAUUGUUAACUAAUUCUGCUGAAGUUUUAUGACAAAACUGCUGAUUGUACUAAUUGAUCUGUGAUGUAUAACCUUUACUGCUGAAUACAAGUGAUUUGCUUGAAUGUUCCUAAAUACCAUUUAUUAUAUCAUGUUUAUUAUCAUUUACAAAAAUAAAAAUACCAGUGCUUGAGCAUAAAAAAGCUGUGAUAAAUUAGUAACUAUUCAUAUUAAUGUAAAAAGAAAACAAAUGCUACCAUAACUGAUAAUUUUAAGGUUAGUUAUCAUAUGUUUAAUUUAUUGUAUUAUGGUAUUUUACUUUCCUUUACAAUAAUUAUAUUAAUGCAAGCCAUCUUCAUGCAAAGCAAUCUUUUACUAACUAUUUUUCAGAGACCUUGUGAGAUAUACAUGACUGUUCAUACUAUGUGUUUGUUUGAUAUUUAUGUGGUAUUUUUGUGCCUUGUUAUCGAAAUUGUCUAUAUAAUGUAUAUUAUUAGAGAACGAAAAUCAACAAAAUAAAUAAUAAAAUAUCAAA